AUGCCCUACGUAAUCCCUGGACCGUAUCCUACCCUACCGAAUUUGUCUUGGCUUGAACUGGUAUGCCAAAUUUUGGCAAUCUUGAUUGCAAACGAUUUUUUGCUCUACUGGGGCCAUCGUAUUCAGCACGAGAGCGACUAUCUGUGGCAAUUCCACGCCGAGCAUCAUCGCAUAAGUACACCUCGUCCGCUCACGACGGCCAACAUUCACCCUAUUGACGGGACGCUCCAAGGGGGGCUGCCACUGAUUCUAGCAUGUGCGUGGUUCAAGCCACAUCCCUUGAUCUUUUACGGUUUGAUUGUGGUGCGGUACGGCGAAAAUGUUCUCAAUCACAGCGGACUCGAUACGUGGUGGACACGAGCCCUCAAGGGCUCUUGGUUCGUGCCGUUCGUCCGAGCUGGCGUAAACCACCACGACCGCCAUCACAAAAUGUCCAACCACGCCAAGGGAGCAACUAACUAUGGAGAGUCUCUUGUAAUCUGGGACUGGCUCUUUGGGACA